AUGGCCUCUAUUCGCGUUCUUUCCUUCGAUGCUGAGGGCCGUCCCGUGCAGUUUAAUUCCUGGCUCGACGACUUGCAGUUGUAUCUUAUGAGCAAUAGCACGGACCACAUCUCCCUCUAUGACUACGCGUCUGGUGCUGCCGCUGCUCCUGCUGCCACAGCCGAGCUUAGUGUACGUUCACAGUGGCAGACUCGUGACGCUGCAGCUCGCCUGGCUAUUCGCAGUCACCUGCCGUUACCUGAGCUAGAGCACUUUGGCGACUGCAAAACCGCUAAGGCCCUAUACGACGCUGUCGUUGCUCGCUACUCCUCACCUGCCACAGCCGAGCUUAGCCGUCUCAUGCUGCCUUACCUGUUCCCUGACCUGUCCACCUUUGCUACAGUCGCCGAUCUUAUCACCCACCUUCGCACUAGUGAUGCUCGCCUGCGUGCCGCCCUUCCCACCGAGUUCUGCGCUAAGAACCCCCCUCCCCUGUACUGGGCACUCCACUUCAUAGUCACCCGUCUCCCUGACACCCUCAGCUCAGUGCGCGACUAUUUCCUUGCUCGCUGUCCCACUGAGCUCACUGUCGCCCUCCUAGAGGAGAAGCUGCUAGCAGCCGAGAAGAGCAUUGUAGCUGUUGGUGCUGCUCGCGGCGCUCCUCGCACCCCCAUCUUUGAGGGGUGCUCUCCCUCUCCCCUCGCUCCCUCCUAUGCUACUGCUGCUGCUGUUGACUUCCUUGGUGCUGAGUCUGCUGGCGCUGCUUCUGCUCCUGGUGGGAGGCGCCGCACCGGCAAGGGCAAGGGGGGCAAGGGUGGCGGGGGUGGCGCUGGGGGGGGAGGGGGUGGGGGAGGUGGGGGGGGAGGCGGUGCUGGAGGGAGCGGUGGCGGGAGUGCCGGUGGGAGUGGGGCCGGCGGCGGAGGCGGGGGCGGCGGCGGGAGCAGUGGCGGUGGUGGCAGCGGCGGCAGUGGCGGCGGUGGCGGUAGUGGCGGUGGCGGUGGCGGUGGUGGCGGUCGGAGCGGAGGUAGUGGCGGCGGUGGAGGUCGGAGUGGAGGCACCGGCUCGGGCCAGAGCUCCCAGCAGCAGCAGCGUCCCCAGUCGACCCAGCAGCUUCGUGAGUGGCUUGCUCAGCGUGGGACGUCGGGGGGCAGUGGCCGCUGUUCUUAUGUCAUUCGCACAGGUGAUCGCAAGGGGCAGACGUGUGGAAAGUUCCACACUCAGUACCGCUGCUUCUUCCGCCUUGACGACGCUUGGCGUGAGGAGAUGGGCGAGGAUGUUGAGCGCCCUCGCUGGGCUGAGCUGAUGAGGGCUGGUGUUGAUAUCUUUGCUCUUGACUAUGAUGCUAUUAUUGCUGCCAUGUAUGCAUUGACUGUUAGUGCCGAGGGAGACUGUUACUUGUGUGUGCCGCCUGACCCAGGUAUAGGGCCCGCUGCCCUAGGUACUAGUGAGUCUGCUCUCUCUGGUAUGGUGCCCCCUGUACCUGCUCCCUCCUGCACUGUCCCUGCUGCUUGCGAGUCUGCUCUCUCAGGUACAGCACCCACAGAGACUGCUCUCUCAGUCCACUACUGUGCUCCCUUGUCCGGCGGUUCCGUCUGGCUCGUUGACGGGUUUCCACCUCCCCUCGUUCUCGACGAACCUGGUGAGCAACGCUGUCCUCCAGGAUCAGUGGGUUGA